AUGGCACCGGACCCAGUAUCACAAUCAGGUUCAAGUUCAGGAACAAGUUCAAGUUCAAAUUCCGCUUCUUCAGGUUCAGGUAGUAAUCGUGGUGGUUGGUGGGACGAAGGUCUUUCAGAUGUUGUUGCUCGUGCUCGUACGCCAGCACCAGCCGCACCUGCGGCUCCUACUACUAUAACGGGUAAAAUAUUUUACGGUAUUCGAGGACUUUGGAGUUUUGGGACAGGAAUUCUUGAGAACGUGCAAACAAAAAUUGCGACUACGCUGUCUCCAGUUAGAUUGAUCACAGCAAUUCCAAGCGCUUUUAAUACUGCUACCGAGGUAGCUGCCCCCGUUAUACAGACAGUUCAUCAAGCUACAGGAGGUGAAGUACAACCUGUUCCUUCACCCCUACCUACUCCACCGGUGAAACCCGUCGAACCAGUUCCCCCUGCCCCCCCCACGAACCCUACAAAACCAUGGGAUCGGCUUAUCCCUUUUGUUGCUUUGGCUCCUGCUACAAUUGCUAUUUCUGUUUUUUCCUACUUAAUCUGGAAGUAUUUUGCUCAACUGCGUAAGAUAAGACUCUACAGAAGAGCUCCUUUAAGAAUUCCCGGUCCAUCCGUACAGGAACAACUCCUUGAUCAUGUGGAAGAAGCUGGUCCACAUGAAUAUCGAUUGGUUAAGGAACGAAAACCUCCAUCUGUUCCAGCGAGAACAAAACGUUCUGGUCUCGAUCCUGCUGGUGGUGGUCGCGUGAAUCGUCGAACGAUUAUUAAAAUUCAUUUUGAACUGGUGGACGAAUGUCAAAAAGGGAACACAAAAUUGACUCAGAAUGAUUUUCUGGAACUUUUAGUUCGAGAGUUUAUGGGAAGUGAAUUUAUGGAAGAAGAAGAACAGGUUUCUAAGGAAGAGGUUCUUAUGGAAGGGGUUCCUAUGGAAAGUGUUCCAAUGGAACGUGUUCCAAUUUUAGGUUCCGUGUUUAUGGUUUAA